AUGGACGACGUCGUAGAGGCUCGCACCAAGACCAAAAGACGAAGACUCAAUAAAGAUGAUCCAGCCCAUCCAAUACUGUCGGCAAGCGACUUGCAUCACUUGCUAACUACUGAGCAAAGCUCGCAGUCAGACAUGAAGAUUGCUGUGAAACAAUUUGAAGAGUUUCUCAAUGCAAUACGAACAUCCGAACACAAUGAAGACAGAGCCAAAAAGCUACAAAUCCUUAAAAUCUACUCUGAGGAACAGGUCCCGUCAAACCAGCAAGUCAAGAUCUUCCCAGAUAUCUUCUCCAUAUGGUUCUCUGCACUGGAGACCAAUAACGAGUCAAUGCUUUCCUCGUUGCCAUCAGUUCUAGCACUCUACAUCAACACUAUUUCAAGCCACCUUCAAUUUCGAGCCAUUGGGUUGUCUUUGUGCAAAUGUUUUUUGUUGGAAGCCAAAUAUCGACGAUUAAUCGAUCGUGGUCUCACUGCAACGAAAACCAAGGAACAUCUCAUCUCUCCAUGCUUGCGAUUGCUAACAGAAAUUGUUAGCUUUGAUGGCGGCGAAGUUGCCACUUUGCUUCACUCCAAGCAAGACACAACCUUUAGGCGACUAGAAGUAUUCUUGGAUCAGCGUAGUCUGCAUCAUGAUGGAACCGAAGAUGCGCGACAGAAGCCAACGCUUCGACAUAUCGCACAGGGCUAUCUUCUCGCAAAUCUGAAGUUUCAGAGCGCCAGCGCCAAAGCGGAUAUAAUUGCCCAAGGAAAGAUUCUGCGGUCUUGUCUCCAAGGUCUGAGAAAUGACCCAGCAGACAUCAUUUGCGAUACUUUGAACGUCCUGGAGAACGAGAUUGUUAGAUCACCUACUUUGACAAGGGGCAUCAAGAGCCGUCUCUUUAAUAGUUCGAACUUGUCCUCGCUGGCCAAUCUAUACUCCGUCCAAGACGCCGUUAACGAGAAGGCCCCUGGUAGAAGCGUUCGCGAGCAAGUCGACGUCUUGCUUCGACUUGUCUGCACACAGCAAGAACUUGGUAUCCUACUCCCCCAGAACGGGUGGUAUCCUCUAGGGAGCAAUCCUGAUAGGAAUCUGGCGAUCGCAACAGAUCCGGACAAGAUUGAUGUGACUGUCGCUCCGUUUCCCGGUUCUAAUCACAAGGAUAGGUUUGCUGUUAGGAAUGGAGUACUCUCCACCUUCAUCCUGUCUCUGAGACCCGAGCGGGACAAGCUUCAAGCUUCACUACUGCUAGAUAUAUUUCGUGCCGCCCCUGAGCUUGUUGCUGAUUAUUUCUCGAAGAAGAGCAAUUUUAUUGCGGAACCGAAAGACACAUCUGAAUGGCUUGGACAAUCUGCGUUUCUGUUCUCUGUCAUUCAGCUCCCUGUGCCAGCAUAUUGUGGCUCGCAAGAUAUCUAUCCUUCCUCACCACCACCCUCCUCUGUAGUAGUUGAAAGUAUACUCCCAAGACCCCUGGAUCGUACGAACACUACACGAUCUCUGAACCUGAAUCAUGAGGUCAUAACAUUGUUCGCUGUUCGAGCUGUGACGGUAGCUUUUCAGAAGCUGAGAAGAGUUUUACAAAUCUAUCACGCUGCCUCGAUCCAUAUCGCGGCAUGGAAGCAAUCUGCAUCAGACUUGUUGUCGGCUUUCAGUCGGAGAUGUCCGUUGGCCAAGGAUGUCGUAUCUACUUUUCAAAGGACUUCAAAAUCGGACGAACAGUUGCGCGGCUGUAUUAUCGAAUUACUUGCAAAUUACUAUCAAGUCCUACCACAUCUAGUUCUGCUUGAGAAAUUUGACACGUCUAUGAUUUUGAUUGACGCUAUCAAGAGGGUCGCGGAUGAUGUUCAUGACCAGUCUCUAAGGUCUUCUCGAUUCUCUGAGCUAGAGUAUCUCCUCAAGAUAGCUCAGAUGUCGCCGGAUACAAGAUGGUGGCAACAGCCAGACUCUCUACGCUACUCCGCUUUCAUCUCGAUUCUAGAAGCUGUUCUCCAAGCAGACGAUCACUCAAUCCAUGCGAUAUCGUCAAUCAAACAUCUGUUAGGGAGGAUAGCAACAGAGGAUGGUUUGGUUCGUGAUAUGAAAACUUUUGACUCGCUUAUGAUCAGCUUGACUGCAGGUCAAGACUGGAGGGCGAGUCAUAAAACAUUCUUGUUCUUUGACAAUUGCGCCUGUCGUAUCGCACGACAGCCUGUUCACUACGAAGACUUAGCAGCAGAAAUGAAAGGUAGCGGUUCUGCAAUAUGUUUGCUGCCAUUCUGUGUCCUAGAGCAGUGGCCGUUUGUGACUGAAAAUGAGGACUUAGAUGAUCAGAAGAACAUCGCAGAGUGGAUUUCUCGACUGCUCGCCCUUCUCAUACAUGCUGGUGAGGACCGUGAUGUGAUGCAGCAGAUUCACAGUCAGAUACUGGGUUCAGCAAAGGAUAGAGCGCUAAGGAAAAUCCUCACGAAAGCUUACCAAAUGAUGACGAAGGAGAGGGUUGUUGAACUGCAGCCUGAGUUGAUAGGAGAGGCCGCCGAUGUUUCUGAUACCUUAUCGGAUAAUGGAGCUUCUACUGCACGCGUCGCCCCUAUGGUAACCUUCGAGCCCCUACCCAGCAGAUUGGAAUCCAUGGAAGGACUAGAACGCCUGAACCGCGAAGACAUAGAAGAGGUUGUUGCGAACGGUCGACUGGGGCAACUCUGCCGAACUCUUUCUUCGGGUGUCGAGGAGACCCGCAGGCAAGGAUUCAUGACCCUGCAGGGAGUGAUCAAGCAGAUUGAGCUGUCUAGCUAUUCAGAAAAGGGGCCUCUGUUCGUCUUGAUGGGGGAAUUCGCAGAGACAGCUAAAUUAGCUGGAUUGUCAACUCCAUUCGCUUCUAUCUUCACCGAGUUUGCGGCUGAAGCUGUGGAGAUUUUGAGCUUGCCUUCACAUUUUAUGUACGGAAAAAUCAACAAGCUCUUACAAAAGGGACCAGCUUGGAAUCUGUCUAAAUUUGCCACCUACUGGACCGAAAAAAUCCUCUUAUGCGAACCAGAAGAUGAUAAUGGCCACCUUCCCGAGACAACUUGGCUUUUAAAUCUCCUACUCCGCGGUCUGCGCGAUGACCAGGAUAUGGAAGUGUAUCGUAGAAGCAAAAUUUUCGAACGUGUUCUCGCAUUCUGUGGGUCAAAAUCGUGCUCAGAUACACAUCGCAAGCAGACACUAGAGCUUAUCCAUCGCUGCAUAAAGCUGGGCGGUGGGUUGACCCUGAUCACUCGAUUAGGAAUCGAAAACUGUGCGCCCCAAGAGCAGAAGCAAAGAGGCCUCGCUCCAUCUCGUGGACGCUUAGAUGAUCACACAAAUCAGAGUGAGCAGUCACAAAGGAGGCCUAGUCUCAUUGAUAGUCAUCAUAUCACUAAGAGAUCAAGCACAGCUCCUGAGGAUAUCAUUCUAGGCCCACCGAAGACCGCCUUCGCUUCUGCAAAUUCUCGAAAUGCCCCCAGAUCCUCCGGCGCCGACACAUCUGAAGAAAUACCUGCUUCUACCAAACGCUUCUCGUUUCAUGAGCGGCUUCCAAGAGAUCGUGACAUUGUCGAUGGCGAGAAGAAAGAAGGUAAAUAUAAUGGAGCCAAUAACAGACGGCAGGCUAGAGAUGAUCGCGAAGACUGGCAAAGCAGCAGACAGCAACGCCACUACGACCAAGAGGAGGGAGAUCGAGGCUCAAGGAGAAAUGGUGAUAGAGACAGACCCCGAUGGGAAAAACAAUCCAAAGACAAAGACUCUGAGGGAGGGGCUGACACGAAACGUCUGUCUCGAGAUGCUGGACGACGCGAAGGUCGCGGUAGAUUUGAGCAGCCAUGGUUUAGGGGUGAUAAAGUCCAAGAGGGAGCCGAUGAAGCCACGAAAGCCUUGAGCAAACAAAACGAAUGGCGUCGGGAAAAAGGGUCGGGACGGGGGUCAGAGUGGGAUCGGCCUUCAAAAGCAGAGCAAGAUCCGGAAUGGAUGGACGCGACAGGCUCAAACGAGCCUAGGCCAGCUCAUACGCAAGAAGAGUUCCAGCGUUGGAAAGAGGGCAUGAAGGCUGCGGCAGAAGGGCGCGACAAGAUACCUGAAAGGCAGGAGAUGAUACCGCAACCAGAGAUCAAGAAGCCAGAGCCACCACCGAUGCCUGCAUUUCCUGAAAUUGCGGACGUUGAGUCAGGGAUGGACAAGUUCUUUGCCUCCUACGGCGAAAGAAAGACUUCUAGCGAGCAGAAGCCGGCAGAGGUGAAGGCACACAGAAAGCCAAGAUUUGCUGCUUUGUUCAGCCCGCAACCUGAGGAUGGUCUAAAGGAUGCUUCUCUCACGAACUCAGCGGAGAUGACACGAACAUCUAUGAUGCCGACCCCUGAAGUUGCUGCAGCUCCUGUAGAUGCCAACAAAGCGGACCAAGAGCAUUUCCAGAGAGUUUUACAGAUGCUCGCAGGUCGCAGUAGCAACAACACGCCACAGUCAGGCGCUGGUCCGAAGCCUUCGAAGCAUACAGCUAACCCCGAGCGACCUCAGAGAGCUCCAGAAGAACAACAAUCGAUUCUUGCAGAUAUUCUUGAUGAACGAAAUCAAGCAAAGGCGCAAGGAAUCCUCCCCGAAGAUCGAGUAUCUACAGGGAAGAGCGAACUGCUCUCGCCGAAACCUAACGAGACGCAACCGCGUGUUCCAAGGGAGCCAACGCCAAACCGAGAUGCUGAUCUUUUAUUGCGAUUGAUGCAACAAUCUAGGAUUGCACAAGAUUCGGAGCCCUCCCAAGUUCCCAAGCCCGAAGCUUCAAGGUCAACCACAGAGUCAUUGCCAUUACCGGGGAGUAUCUCGCGGCAGCUGCCUGUGGACAGAACAAACAACAAUCCUCCAACCUUCUUCGAUGACCCAGCUAUCUCCCAAAUGCACAGGCCCGAUCAAGCAGCACCACUACCAAGAAGAGAAAGUCAGCAGCGCCGGCCCACCAAUGGUCUCACCCCAGCCUUCUUCGACGAGCCCUUCUUCAACAACCUCCGUCAAGUAAAUCAGCAAGCGAUGGCUAACGCAGACUCCGGUACCACCCAACCGCGUGCUCCGACCCUCCCUCCCGGGAUGCAACGCCCACCCGGCUUCGAGCACAUUCCCGCACCCCUACCAGGUUGGCAGAACCCAGUCGCUCGCGCCAUGAACUCCGCAUACGCUCCCGGUCCUCCGCUCAUGCAGCCACCUCCUCAUCAGCAAUUUCCACCGCAGCAGCGUCAGCGCAAAUACACUGGAGACGGGUUCGGACCGGGAUGGCCGCUUGGCACGGUACCGCCGCCACCGGGUUUCAUGGGUGCUCCUCCGCCGGGUCCUCCUCCUGGCUUCCCGAAUAUGCCCCCGCUUGGUAGCGGUGUUAGGGGCGUGGUGGUAGGACCGGCUGGUCAACCGUUCGGUGAAGGUGGGAAUGGGAUGUUGCCGAGGCAUGUGAUGGAGAUGCUUGCUAGCGGGCAGAGGGGAGAUGGUCGGGAGGGUGGAGGAGGAGGAGGAGGCGGAAUGCCUGGUGCCCACUAUCGAUAG